UUUUGCUCUUUAUGAAAAUUUGGGCAGGUAUCAGGUUUCAAUCUUAUCCAUAGAACAUGCUUAUGAAAGCAUGAUAAUCCCACUACGCACUUUAAAAAUCAGUAUGCUCAGCUUACUGCUUGUCUUUUCUACUUUCGUGUCUGGUGGACCUUAAGGCACAUUCCAGAAACAAACGUCAGCAUUUAGUUUUCUUGCAAUUUUGUCAAACUAAACUACUAAGUAUGGCUAAGAGGAAACUUCCCUUGGAAUUCCAAGGAAUUAUCAACUAGACUUCGAAGGAUCUUCAUAUUCACAAAAGCCAACUCAAAGAAACAAAUCAAACGCCAAUACAAAUUAGAAGCAGGAGGUUUGAGGAAGCUUCAUCUAAAGAAUGGAAAAGGUAAAGGAACCAGUGAAAGAAGAAAGAGAACAUGUUUUGGCGAUUGCUUGUGGAAUCAUGUCUGGUGUGUCGCCUGGGGCAGCCAAUUCUCAGACUCAGCGGCAGCAAUUUCCAACCCCUUCACCAUUCUCUUUCUCUGUGACUUCUACAAGUUGGAGCGCUAGGCCUUCCAUACAUCAUUCAAAUCUAUUCCUUCGGUUCUUGGUGCUUCUCUUCUCCUUUAUCUCAGCCCUCACACUGGUUGCCCCAUCCACAAAGAAGAAAGACCAACAAUCUCCUAGCUUCACUCAGUACCCAGAAUUAAUAUACUGCUUCAUUGUAGCAAUUUUAGCUUUCCUUUACGCAGCCUUCCAACUGUUUAAAGGUAUUUGUGACAUUGCACACAGAGGCAUUCUAAUCUCAGAUAUGACCUCAGACUACUUAAGCUUUGUCCUCGACCAGUUGGUGGGUUACCUUCUCGUCUCAUCUUCUUCAGUGGCAAUACCUAUCAUUCGACACUUCGAGAAAAGCACACCCCUUUGGAAGGGAACCAUUGUAUCAACUAGCAUGUCCUUUGCAACUUUUCUAGCUGUAGCAAUUUGCGCUCUCUUAUCUGGUUACAAGCUUUGCAAGAGAAUCGUCUGGUGAUGUUGCUUGCCUGGCUGGUGUAAAUUAGUGUAUUCGUGCUUCAUUCCGCAAACAACUGUUUUAGUAUUAAUAAAUUAAAACAGCAUACUUCGUAUGUACAUUAUCCAUCAGACAUCCAGUUUGACAUAUAAUUUCAGAACUUGUUAAUGACUGAAUGUUGGCCAUUGUUUUCCAAUUAUUUUAGAUCUUCAGUCUCUCUAACUUGAAAGUUUAUGUACCAAAACAACAUAUAACAUGACAAAUAAGCUAGACUCUUUGCCACUCUAAAAGGGAUCUAAUUCACCUAUUUCUGGUAAACAUAUCCUGUUUCUUGCUGUUAUUCCCUACAGAAGCAAUCGAAAUGGCAGGCUUACAAUUGAACUAGACACAUGGAGUUCCGUCCAGUUGUUACUCAUUAGCUUGUUGAAAUCUCGAUUCUAUGUUCAAGAUUAGAGGUUCUACAAGUAGACAAACUAAUGAUUUUUUCAUGUAAAAAAGGAAAAAAUAAAGGAUCUAAUGUGCAUUAACUAGGAUUCCACAUUUCAAAUAUACUUCAAAUUCGUCAUGAAAUGAAAAAGGUAAUAUAUGCCUAGCUUCCCCUCCC